AUGACUAAACUUCAUAUCUAUCUAUCUAUCUAUCUAUCAUUCUUUUCAACUUUCCCUCGCGGUACUUGUCGACUAUCGGACUCGUCCCGGUAUUUAGCCUUGGAUGGAGCUUACCACCCAAUUUGGGCUGCGUUCCCAAGCAACCCGACUCUCGGAUCGAAGGCCGACGCUCGCCGUCCGCACCGAAUGGGCCUGGCACCCGCCGCGGGCGGCCCCGAUCGAGGGAACUCCGAACUACGCGAGACGAAAACGAACGGCUUCUUUCGACCCAUGCGCAAUGCAAAGCUCUUCACCUUCUCUUUCACUCUUUCCUUUCUGUCUCCCUUGAUUCUGUACAAUUAUGUCAUUUUUUUUUAUCUCUCUUUCCCCCAGACCUCUGCCUUCCUCACUCCCCCGUCUCCCCCACCUCUCUUUCUCUCUCUCCAAAACACUAUUCAUAAGCCAGUGCUUCUCACCUAG